AUAAAUUUUUGCAUGUCGUCUGGAGGACGAUUUGCACCUUACAAAAAUGCUCUCACCGCGAUUUCUAAGAGGGCGGGAACACCACUACCUUCUCUCGUAGUCUCUUUUGCCAUCCUUCAUGAAUUAACCGCCAUCGUUCCCAUUGUGGGCAUUUUUUACACAGCACGCAGUCUAGGCGCAGGCGAGCGCGUUGUCAACGCUGUUGCUCUCCAACGAGAUGGCUCUAUCGAUGACCAGUAUUGGGUGAACGCCCGGCUGAGAGCGUGGGUUGAUGAGGGCGAGCAAUGGGCUGGUCGCGUUGGACGUCGAUAUGGCAUCUUCGGCUUUGAGAAAGGCAAGGUCGUCGACCAGACCCAGGCGCGCGAGUUGUCUGGUAAGCUAGCGGGGGACGUUGCAAAUGCGGUUCUGGCUUAUGGUGCAGUCAAGGCACUUUUACCCGUCCGCAUUGGUCUUUCGUUAUAUCUUUCUCCGAUGUUCUCUCGGAAAGUUGUAGAGCCGAUUCGAUUGGGGGGCCUUCGUCUAUUAGGACGCAGACCGAAAUUUAUGUAAAGGUAGGUGACGUUCCUACUUUUUUUUCAUGAUGAUUUCGCUUGCCGCCCCAGUCGUAGCUAUAAGCGUUGACGAACGGUAGAGCAUAAGCCAAAUAUUUGCACCACUGAUUCUAUCCUUGUCUCUUCUUUCCAUAAAUUCGAAGCUUACUAUCUGUCUCACAGGUUAUCGUUAUAUAAAUGGCACAUUCCUCCUAGUAAUGAGCAUACCCUUUUGUCACUCAAAAGUCGUCUUAUGCAAUGCUCAUUUCCUCCGAUGUGUUUGGACCUUUUUUUUCGCUCCCAGUCAAAUUGGCUCUUCAAAGACUCGUUCCACCUUUGACGAUGCCUCAUUCCCUGGGGAGAGCGUUUCUAUCUCGUCCUAGUGUCUCGUGCUACAUGCGAUCUCAGUGGAGCACAUCUGGAUGAUUUAGGCACAUGUCGUACCUUCAUGCUGUAGCCAAGAGUCUUCGGACUGCUAACGUAUGUUAUUAGA